AUGACGACCGCUGUACCUACAAACCUCGACCCUUGGUCCGUCUCGGCUCCCUACGAGAACAGCACCUACGAUCUCCAGAAUGUCAUCUCGCGCAAGUGGGUCAACAGUCCUAAUAUCCGAGGUACUCUGGAUAUUCUGCAGAGCUGUGUCUUGACCCUUGUUGCGUGCAUCUACACUGCGUUGCAUCUAGAUGUUCCGACAAAGACGAAAUGGCAUCGGAUCUUGAUUUCAAAGGUCAAGUGGUCUCUGAUUACGCUGUUUGCGCCGGAGAUUGUUUUGUACAUGGCUGCAGAUCAGUUGGUCGAGGCUUGGAAGCUUAGAAAGGAGCUGAGGAAGUUGAGGGAGACGCAACUAAACCCUCCCAAGGACUUUGAUAUUGAUCUCACGUAUGCCUUUUUCAUCGUCAUGGGAGGUGUUCGUAUCGACGUCAAGGACCUGCUGUCCUGGCCGGAUAUUGAUGACUCGUCACGGUGGGGAGUUGGUUCUCUCCCUCGCGAGGACGUGGAAGGCCGCGGAACAACAGUCCGAGUUAGCGGUACAACAGUGCUUUGGCUUGCAGGUCAAGGUCAUUGGGUCAAGAUCCCUCGGGCGAAGAUUACCGACAAGAGCAAAGCAGACACGUUUCAGAAAAUCCUCGUUCUUAUACAGGUCUCCUGGAUGAUUAUGCAAUGCAUUGCUCGUUGGAUGUACAAGUUGCCUCUAACCCUCUUGGAAAUUCAUACGAUGGUGCAUGUCGUAUGUGCGAUGAUUCUCUAUGGCUUUUGGUUCAAGAAACCGCUCAAUGUCCAAGACCCUGAGGUCAUUAGGCCUGACGUUGAGGGAUUCGACGGUGAAAUUGCACUGCUUCUUCAGCGCCAGUUCUACACCACCAUCUCGGCAAACUUGUCUCUUUUGGAUCCUAGAGAGCCGCUCCCUGACGAUUCUGAGAUACCGUUACGCUACAUCGAGCGAGGACCCGAUGAAAAAAUAACCGUGGGCGAUGUUCUCCCUAAUGGACUAGCACUCUACACCGUCCCCGAGACCCCUGACGAAGAUGCCCCCGAAGAUGCCCUUGCUGUUCUUCCUGAAGAAGACCCCGAUCUCGAGAUACUGAUAACAUAUGAGUUUUUGAACCGCUGGCAAGCCAUCCUGAACACUUUUGGCGACAAAAGAAGCUACGGCAUCAUGAAAUGCACCGACUUCAUCGAUGAGGCCAGCAAGACCAACGACGGCAUCGACAUUUUCAUGUGGAAGCUCCGCAGCAUGCCCUUCAGCGAAGGCAAGAGAAACCUCGACAUUGACUUUACAACCUUUAGUGGAAUGUCAGCCAAGGACCUCAACGAAGAGCUAGAGGAUUUCUUUUCAUGGUACGGCGGUCUUUUGGGUCUCGCGGUGGUACUGUCGGCUUUGUACGGCGGUAUACAUCUCUCUGCAUGGAACUGGGUGUUUCCAACCUCUUGGGAGGGCCUGGUGUGGAAGUUUGCAUGUUUUCUUAUUGCUGCUGUGCUGCCGCUGUACCACAUCUUUAACAAGAUCCGUGUUAGCUACUUGGAUGGACUGGAUGGGUGGGAGACUGCGAUGCAUGUGAUGUUGUCGCUGACGCUGGUUAUUUACAUGUUGGCGAGGAUUUACAUCAUUUUUGAGGCUUUUGUGAGUUUGAGGCAUGUUCCUAUUGGGGUGUAUAUGGCGCCUGUGUGGGUGCAGAUGUUUCCUCAUUUCUAG